UCGCUACUCGCUAGUCACUCCCAGAAGCAGCAGCAGCAGAAGAGAUGGUGUGUGUCCGUGUGCUGUUGCUGCUGUCCAGCUUGGGCCUCACCUUCACCCUCGCCCUUCAGCCCACGCCGAGAGUCCUCACCAGUCAACCUGAAUGGAUCAAGAAACCUUGUCGGCGGAAAGAUCCAAACUUAAACCAGUGCCUCAAAGAAUUGUUCCAAGGAAUGUUCCCUUACAUGGCCAAAGGUAUUCCAGAAGUUGGCAUCCCAAAGUUCGAGCCUCUUUACAUUGAGAGGAUUGGAAUAAGCAAAGGCCAUGGUGCAGUCACGCUCAGUGGAAAUUUCAAUAAACUGUAUGCCCACGGACCUAGCAACACCACCACACUAUCUGUCAGGUUUGACCAAGCGAGAGGACGCAUGGACCUCAGCCUCCACAUCCCUGUCAUCCGCACAGAGUCCAUGUACGACUUGAGAGGUAACAUCCUGCUGCUGCCGAUCGUGGGAGUAGGUGAUGCUCGGCUACUACUCAGAAAUGUGACAACAGACGUAUUCAUGAAGGUGACGUUCCCCCGGCUGCCCACAGGACAAGAAGUGAUUGCUGUAACGGAUAUGAAGGUUGACUUCCGUAUGUCCAGUGUCAGAGUUCAUCUGGACAAUCUUUUUAAUGGCAACAAAGUUUUGGGACACACUGUGAACACAUUCCUCAACAAGAACGCCUUGGAGGUGGUUGACGAACUGAAGGAGAAUAUUGGAGAAAAUCUGUCUGCAGUCUUCAAGAAGAUCAUGAACGAAGGGUUUGGUCGCAUUCCCACACAAUUUUGGCUGCAGCGAGAUGCCUGACCUGUGAUUUGUAUAUACUGUAUUAUAACUACCACCUACUCUACUCUUAAGUGUUAAAUAUACAUUUUGUUUUUUUUAUAAA